UAGUCUGAUGGCCGUUGCAUGAGUCUCGUGGAUUUUGCUCGUGAAAUCAGUUUAGACAUUGUGUUUCUAAAGUACUUGCAGCAUCACUCAUUUUCUUUUUGGAAAAACAAGUCCGCACGUGGAAGAAGCAGCCUUGCAUCCGUGACUAAAACAAAAAUCGUAUUGUUUCACCUGGAGAACACACGCGUGGAUUUGCGUGUUAUUUUCAACUUUUCAACACUCGUUUUAACCUAUCGUUUGCAUCGCACUUCCAACAACAAGGUGUACUUACUCUAUCCUCCAUUGACCUUCGGGAUUUGCUGUUGGUAGGUGUACAUUUGUAUAGACUCUGCACAUCCAGCCGCUUCGGCCCCCUUGUUUCUCGACCCCUGCGAUAUGAGCAGAGGUAGAGGAGGGCCUUACAAAGAACAGUACCAACGGCACCCACCGCCCUAUCUCCAGGAAAAGGAGUAUUACGAAAGAUCUGGCUCAUCCGCUUCCUUCCCAAGAAGCGGGCCGCAGCUCCAGCAGCCAUUUCCAAAUUUCUACAACAGACCUGUCUGUCCUUUAGCAUCCACACAGCCUCCAUCUCCCGUUAGCCGCUCUGCCGCACCCAUACCAAACCCUUCUAAGAAACCUCCCAUCCUUAACCCACGCUCAUAUACUCAGAGUUGUGAACCCUUACCUGUCCACAAUUCCUUUCAGUACCUACAGGUCCAGUUUUUGAGAGGACAGAACGCUGAGGCGCAGCAGUUCAAAUUCAGUCCCCAAAAUCCUGGUCAUUCAACUAAUUCCUCAGUCCAGGUGCAAUCUGGUUAUAGCAGACAUCCAAAGCCCCACUGGGCUCGAGGUUAUUACAACCAGGCCCCCAGUUUUGCUGGACACUUAAAUAAAAAACAGGUGAAAAGUAGAUACCAAAGCUCCAACAGUGAAUGGAGCAUACCAGCGGAGGCUCUCUGUGACAGUUUUCAGAGCUUGUCCCUCUACCAAAAGAAACCCAACAGUGAAGACAGAAGUUUUGGCAGACUUCCUACUUCAUGUGUUACAAGUAGACAGAGUAUCAUCACUCUCACUCCAGAAAUACAGGACCAGGUGCACAGGAGUUUAAAACCAAGCAAAAGUGUCUCGGCAAAAUUGUUAGGCAAAAAAUUACAUCUUCCCAAAAAGAUAGUCAACCAAGCUCUCUACUCACUGGAGCGUUUGCAGAAAGUCUCCAAGCAAGGACUUUUCCCUCCAAAGUGGACUUUAUACAUAAAACCUAUCAAGGGCGAGGAACAUCAAAAGUAUCUUUCAGGGAACCCCAAACCACUUGAAGUCAAGUUAGAGAGAAAAACAGAUCUAGAAGAAGAGUCUGACACAGAAACACAGUAUAACUGCUCUUCUUCUGAGUCAUCUGUCUCAGAAGAAUCUCACUCAUCAGGACAAAGUCUGCAACACCGUUUCACAAUGUCAGAUCAAAAGCAGCUCGUCUUGCGGCGCCUCCUGGAUUUAGCUCCGGUAACUGCUCUUGUGCUAGCCAAAAACAUGGGCUUGAGGAGUUCCAACCAGGUCAGUUCCACCCUGUAUGCCCUGGAGAAGAAAGGUGAAGUUGUGAUGAACCGAGACGUCAAUCCGUUCACCUGGGAGCUCUCAGCCCAUCGCAAAGAGAGGAUGAUGAGGACCCUUAAAGCCAUGAAGAGCAGUCAGAUGGCAGAAACUGCUACUGUCUUACUGCCUGAACCAAUGUCAGAACUUGAGCCACUGCCAUUUGACGAAAGUUGGAUACCAAAGACUGAAGUGCUGUCUCCUACCACGGUUCAACCCCCAUCUGUCGAAGGACAGUGGGCUUGCGACGAUAUCCCAGAAUACCUAAAUGCCAUUCGCAAACAGACCGAUUCAGAGAGAGCAACUGCUGAUAACGGCAACCCGGUUGGAACUGUUGCUGUGUCUCUGGCUGCCCCGCCAGCACAGAACCUUUGGGCAAAAUUGCAAGAAGUUCGUCUGAAGAAUCCUGUGAGCGGCCUAAUGGAGUACGCCCAAUAUCUGGGCCAGAGUUGUGAGUUCAUACUCCUCGACCAGUCGGGACCCUCCCAUGACCCCAGAUUCCGCAUGCAGGUUAUGCUAAAUGGGAGACUGUUUCCAGUUGCUGAAGCCUCCGCAAAGAAGGUCGCAAAGAAAGACGCUGCUGCCGCCACCUUGCUGGUUCUCUUUGGCGAAAUGCAGGGAGGUGCAAGUAGCGGGAAUGAAGGAAGUACUGCCGGUAUAAACCAAACAAUGGAGAUUCUUUCCAACUCUGGUGGCACCAUUGAGGGCUCAGGGGGUGUUUUUGGAGCAGGUACUGUAGAAGUGAUGGGGAUGCCUGAGGGACCUCACCAGCCACUGUCCCGCUCACUCCCUGGGGGCAAGAAUCCCGUGUCCGUCCUGAUGGAAUACAGCCAGCGCAGUGGGAAUCCCAUUGAAUUUAUUAUCACUGGCCAAGCUGGUCCACCACAUGACCCAAGGUUCAUGUACAGAGUGAAGGUUGGAGAGAAUUUGUUUGCGGAGGCCUCAGCUCCAAGCAAAAAGGCAGCGCGCCAGCUGGCAGCUGAGGAGGCUGUCAAAGAAUUGAUGGCUGACGGAAGGCUCCAGCUCAACAAGCCCCAGUUGCCCCUCGGCUCCUCUAGUGAUAGUGAUAGUUGUGGGACUUGCCCCUCUCUGCCACCUCUGACAGCUGACGAGUUGCGAGCAGCCCAUGAGGCCGGGGUCGGGGAUCUCAUUAACCACCUGAACAACAACGCCGUGUCAGGGCUUCUAGAGUAUGCCAGGGCCAGAGGAUUUGCUGCUGAGAUCCGCCUGGUGGGCCAGUCUGGGUCGGCGCACGAGCCCAAGUUCACAUAUCAGGCCAAACUGGGUGGCCGCUGGUUCCCGCCAGUUUGCGCGUCUAACAAGAAGCAGGGGAAACAGGAGGCGGCAGAUGCUGCUCUACGCGUUCUGAUUGGAGAGGCAGAGAGGGCAGCCCGCACUGGGGAGCUGAUCCCUGCUGAGCUUCCUGUGAGUGGCAGCACGUUGCAUGACCAGAUUGCCAUGUUAAGCCACCAGCGUUUCAAUGCCCUGACCACGCGCAUCCAGCACAGCCUGCUGGGACGCAAGAUUCUGGCCACCAUUGUCAUGAGGAGGGGGGAAGGCCUGGGAACUGUCGUCAGCCUGGGAACAGGCAAUCGUUGUGUUAAGGGGGAGGAGCUGAGCCUUAAAGGGGACACUGUGAAUGAUGGCCAUGCUGAAAUUAUCUCCAGAAGGGGAUUUGUUAGAUUUCUGUACAGUGAGUUGCUGAAGCACUUUGAAGGUACAGACAGUAUAUUUGAGGUGGUGGAGGACAACAAACUGCGGAUCAAAACCGACAUCACCUUUCACCUCUACAUUAGCACGGCGCCGUGUGGGGAUGGCGCUCUGUUUGACAAGUCGUGUAGCGAGACAGGGGAAGAAGUGGGCUGUCACCAGCCUCUGUUUGAGAAUGCAAAGCAGGGCAAGCUGCGCACCAAGGUGGAGAACGGUGAGGGAACCAUCCCGGUUGAGUCCAGUGCCAUUGUGCCCACAUGGGAUGGCAUCCAGCACGGAGAGAGGUUGCGCACCAUGAGCUGCAGUGAUAAGAUUCUGCGCUGGAACGUGCUGGGCCUACAGGGGGCGCUGCUCACUCACUUUCUGCAUCCCAUCUACCUGAAGUCCAUCACGCUUGGCUAUCUCUACAGCCAUGGACACCUGACUCGGGCAGUGUGCUGCAGGCUGGCCAGGGAUGGCGAAGCCUUCAGCCAAAGUCUCCCUCCUCCCUUCCAGCUAAAUCACCCUGAGGUUGGCCGAGUCAGCGUGUACGACUCCACACGUCACACAGGCAAGACUAAGGAGUCCAGCGUGAACUGGAGCCUCCCAGACCAUACGAGUGUUGAGGUUUUGGAUGGGACCAAAGGCAAACUGGAUGGGAACAAGCUGGCCGUGUCCCGAGUGUCCAAGUCCAACCUGUUCUGUCUGUUCCGCACACUGUGCCAGCGCUGCGGCCGUACCGACCUCCUCUCAAUGCACUCGUACGCUCAGGCCAAACUGGCGGCCAGCUCCUUCCAGCUCGCGAAGCACCGCUUCUUCCAAGCUCUCGGCGACCACGGCUACGGCGCAUGGAUCGGCAAACCGAUGGAGGAGAAGAGCUUCGAGGCAGGGGAGGAGACGGCAAGCCUGACCGCCGCGUUCGGCAGCUGUCGGAACGGAGGAGCUAUGGAAUACAACCAGGCGGAGGCCUAGUGUGAGGCGUUAUGAUACUUGGGCUCCAAGCCACUUCAAGAGGGAGGGAGGCAAGAAAAGGACAAUCUAGUGGAAAAAAGUCUGAAGGCUAAUGAAAGAGUGAUGGGAAAGGAUGAAUGGAAGUGGAGGAAGAUGAGAUGAUGAGAAGCCUAAAGGAGGAAUGGGUUUGAAAUAUCAGAAACAGAGAGGGGGCAAAACACUGCUGCUAUGUAUGUCAGUUUAUGUUAGCUUGUACAUGUGUCAUUUUGUAGAGCUGCAAUCACUAACAGGUUCCAUGACUUAGCAUGAGACCUGCCAGUGGAUUCCUUUAGACAUUAGAAGAUCCCUCCUGACGACCAAGGUUAAAGCUGAAAGAAGACCAAGCAUAAAGCUUUUCUUUGAGUGGACUAAAGGCACCUGUAGUACGAUUUCAACCAGCUAGGUCAAACCACAUCCAUCCACACGUGGUCAACGUGGUUACCAUAACACACCAUAGGUCCGUGCACCUCUCAUCAGGCCUAUGCUUUUAUAUAUACACCAAAAAGAUGUCAUGGCCUCCAGGCUCUACAGGUGUUCUUUUUGUCAAGAUGUAAUCCCAUGAGGCCACCACAACCAUUUUCUUUUAUCUUGUCUGACGUCCAUAUUUGGUCAUUCCACAUGUGUGGUGGAAAAAGUCCUGUAAAUUCUGUGACCCUGAUCACACUGGUCGUCUGUGGAGAUUUUUUUUUUUUUUUUUUUUUUUAAGAUGAUGAAAUAUGCAAACUACAAAUGCACAAGUGCGAUACACAUACCCAAGUCCAGUCAAAAAGUAGCCCAAAUAGUCUGGAUGUUUUAUUAUAUCUGAAUAUUCUGAUAUUCUGGGAAUAAAUUUCCUUACUGUAGGAAAACUACAAUGAUUCUAUCUACUGUUGUUUCACCGCACACACAUCAACCGAGAAGUAAGUUUGACUUUUUAUUGUUUUUAUUUCCCAUGCGGCCACUUGCCUAUGGAAAAGCGGCCACUUGCCUAUGGAAAAGCUCUUAAAAAUCCACACUGCAUUUCUUCUCCUUGAAUUGAUUUGAAGCU